GACCACCACAGGACCCCCACUGUGCAGAUGUUAUUUGGGUGGUGGACUAUUUGCAGCACUGCAAUGAAACUAACAUGAGUUAAAAAGAAAUCUCGCAGCAUGUCUCGACCUAUGGGUGACAGCCAUAAACGAUUCUUGCAGACCAUGAUGACUAAUGGCAUAAUAAGCACUUCUCAGGCCAAGGCACUUCAUCGGCAUUGUUGUGAGACGCACACAGCACAGUAUUCAGCAGAUAGAAUGGAGGAAUUCAUAGAUCUGAUCAACGUGCACCUUCAGCCCUUGUUUAUGCAGAUCAGAAAAGGCAUGUCAGAAGAGGAUGGAGUACAAUACUAUGCCUUGGUGAACAUGGCUGAAACAGACAUAACAAGAAUGUCUUCUGAUUAUGCUGAUAAUGAGUUGGAACUCCUUAGGAAAACGAUGGAUCUUAUUGUAGAUUCAAAAAGUGGAGCUGCCUCCUCCACUGACCUCCUGAACUGUGCAGACAGUCUCCAGACAAAAAAAAUGAAGAAGAAAGAGACAGAGCAUGUGCUAAAUAAAUUUGUCCAGGAUAAAUGGCUAAAUGAGAAACAAGGGGAAUAUACUUUAAGCACUCGCUGCAUCAUUGAGAUGGAGCCGUACCUGCGUGCAGUGUAUCAAGACCUCAUCGAAAUGUGUCAUGUGUGCCACAACAUUGUCUUUCAGAAUCAAACGUGUGAAAAUCCUGUCUGUGGCAUCAGAAUGCACCUCCCCUGUGUGGCUAGGUAUUUUAAAGGUCGAAGUGAGCCACACUGCCCUUCAUGCUCAGAGUACUGGGCUCUUGAGAUUCCAGAAUUUCAGCAAAGACCAGAAUCACAAACACAGUCCUCAUCUACAACACCUGCAGCAACAGCCUCCUCUUCUACACGCCGCUCCAGAAAGGUCCUAAUAUCAAGUUAGCCUGUUGCAUCUUUGUGUUAGGUAGUGUUACAGAAUAUAGGCAGCUACAUUAGAGAUACAGUUUAAUAAAAAUAGAUUACUGAUAGUUUGAUUUAUUCUUUAUUUAAUACUGCAGUGAACAAUAUUAACCUAUUUACAGAUAAAAUAUUUAGGUAAGUGGAUUGUACACAUUUUAAAGUUAGUAUUUAAACAUUAAGGAGCAAAGUACUGUCAGUUUUGCAUAAAAUUUGAACUUUGCUCAUUCCAAUGUAACAUUUCUAUAAAUAUUUUCGUGGUGCCUUAUAAUUGUACUAAAUAUAGCAUUUUUAAAUAA